AUGGCGAAACCAGAGCGACCACAGUAUCAAUCGGCAUUGACAACACUUUUACACACCCCCGAAACGCCUGCCAAGACUACUUCCACAUCGAGAUUGAACAUCAUCACACCGUAUACUCCCAUCCUGCAGCCAGAUGGCAGACUGCGGGCCCCACAGGUUACAUUCGACGGCUAUGGUCCCUACGGGGGCAGGUUUGCCCCUGAAUCAAUAAUGGGAUUCCUAUACGAGCUGACAUCAUUCUUCGAGGCCACCGUCUCAGACCCUUCGUUCUGGGAAGAAUAUGCCACGUUCCAGCGUGCUCAGGUCACACCAUUGUACAUGGCCGGGAAGUUAACCAACUUGGCGGGAGGGGCUACCAUCUGGCUGAAACGCGAGGAUAAGAACGAAUAUGGCAGCCAUAAGACCCGCAACAUCAUCGGCCAGCUCCUACUAGCUCGCCGGAUGGGCCGCUCCGAGAUCGUCACGGAUUGCGCCUCAGCCAAACAUGGAAACUUCACCGCUGCAAUGUGCGCACGUCUAGGAUUGAGGUGUGUGGUUGUUAUGGGUGCGGAUGACGCUAGUGUCCAGGAGCAGGACGUGCUCGUAAUGAAGUCGCUCGGCGCUAAGGUUCUGACGACUCGCACAACCUCCGGUAUGGGCAGUCUACGCGCUGCUAUCACAGAAGCACUGCGGUAUGCAGUCUGCAAUCACGAAUCUGCGUACUACCUCAUGGGUAGCCCUGUGGGUCCCAGCCCCCUGCCAACCCUAGCUCGCACGUUCCAAGCCCUUCUAGGCGAGGAGGUUGCAGCCCAAAUGCACGAGGCAGUAGGUCGCCACCCGGAUGCCCUCAUCACUGCCAUUGGUAGUGGUAGCGGCGCAAUUGGUCUCUUCAGACCGUUCCUCUACGAUUCAUCUAUUCGUCUGGUUGGCGUGGAAGCCGCGAAGGCCGCUGCCCUGACAGACGGUGGGCUUGGGGUACUCCAAGGUGCUCGUACUCUCUUACUCCAAAAUGAUGAUGGCCAGAUCCUUGAUUCGCAUUCUAUUUCACCAGACAUGAAUCUGUCCACCGUGGGGCCUGAAGUGGCUCAUUGGAAGGACUCUGGCCGAAUUGAAAUUUCCACGGCUACCGACGCAGUUGCCCUGGAUGGAUUUAGAACCCUUCAGCACCAUGAGGGGAUCUUGCCUGGUCUUGACUCGAGUCACGCGGUAGCCAAGGCACUCGAUCUCGCUAGAGAGCUUGGUCCUGGUAAGAAUUUGGUUUUGAUGGUGACUGGAUGUGAUAAAAUUGGCAUACGUGGGUUGGAUAUCUGA